UGUUAGCGGCUCAAGGGGAAGGAGCAGCGGGAGCGAUGUUCCACAGGCCCUGGGCUGUGCUCACCCUCCUGGCAGGAUUCUCUACGGCAAUUCAGGUGACUAUCCCAGAUCCCUUUCGGACAGCGAUCCUUUUCCAGCCUGUCGUCCUGAAAUGUCGCUAUGAUACAACAAGCCUCCAGCCCCCCAUCGUCCUGUGGAAAUACAGAUCCUUCUGCCGAGACAGAAUCUUGGACGCGUUCAAUCCCAGCAGCUCCGAGAAUCAAGUCAAUGACCAACUGCAGCAGGCAGAUCCGAAUUACAAUCCGUAUGUGAACUGUCCAGACAGCUCCCGCACUGUGAGGACGGUUGCAUCAAAACAUGGAAAGGCAGUGACCCUGGACAGUUAUUAUCAGGGUCGAAAGAUAACAAUUAUCAACGAAGCCGACCUCAGCAUUGAGCAGACAGCUUGGGGUGACAGUGGUGUUUAUUACUGUACAGUCACUGCCUCUGAUGAUCUUUCAGGUAACAAUGAAGGUUAUGUGGAGCUGCUUGUGCUGGGUAGAACUGGAGUCACCACUUCCUUGUUGCCAGGUGUACAGAUAGGGAUCAUGCCAGAUUGGCUGUUUGUGGUCCUGGUGGUCCUCGGUUUUGUCAUUCUGCUGAUCCUAAUUGGUGUUUGCUGGUGUCAGUGCUGCCCUCACACCUGCUGCUGUUAUGUCCAGUGUCCCUGUUGUCCAGAGAAAUGCUGCUGUCCAUAUGCAUUAUAUCAUGCUGGGAAAGCAGCUACAGCAGGGGUGCCUAGUCUCUACGCCCCCAGUACCUACGCUCCCAGUGUGUACUCCCAAGGCAAGCUGCAGCCCCCACUCCCGGUCAUGGUCCCAAUGACCCAGUUUAAUGGAGGCUAUGGAUCGGAUUUCGAUGGAGCGAGCUCAGUUGGAAACCAGAGUCGUGUUCCCCUACUACAUGACCAGGACACCGCGAGCUCGGUGCGCAGUGGCUACAGAAUCCAGGCCAAUCAGCACAACGAUGACAUGCGGGUCCUGUACUAUGUGGAAAAGGAACUUGCCCAUUUUGACCCCAAGGCUCCUGGUGACUCCAGCUCGAAAUAUGAGAACACCUCCGCGAUGAGUGAGGUGUCUUCCUUGCAUGAAGAUCAUGACACGAGGAAUAACCUACACAGCAACAUUGGCCGGGUUCGUCUGCAGGCUAUGCCCCCAAUCAGGGACAUCGAUGAGGAAAGUGCUGUGAGCAGUGUGUCCCGUCAGACACCCAGACGAGACUACGGUUGGCACGAUGAUGAUCGUGUUUACCGUGGGAGUCACCAGCGGGCCCGGUCGAUGGAGAGCCUUGAUGACAUAGGCAGGCGGGAUCGGGAUUACUCCCGGGGCCGUCCGGAAUUUGAUCGCAGCCGAGGGAGGCGCGAGUCCGAUAGCGAGACGUCCAGCCGAGGCUAUGCCCAUGACAGGCGGCGCAGAGAUUAUUCCCCUGAGUACCGCCAUGGAGAAUACCGGAAGCGUAGCCGCAGCCGUGAUGACCUGAUGGAGCUGGAGCGAAGCCGGGACUAUGGCACAGGGGGCUACCACGAUUCCUUCCUAGAUGACAUGCUCCGGAAGAAGCGAGGUGCAGGCCGUGAUGUGGACAGCAGUAGUGGCUCUACCGCGAGAUCCCGGGCCCAACCACCACCAUACACCGAGACAGAGUCUGUGUCCUCCAGGGGUAGAAAUGAGAAGAAGCUGAGAAAGAAUGACGCUGUCAGUCGUGAGAGUUUGGUGGUUUAAUGGUUGAGGAGAGGGUUAAUACAGGAUCAAAGUCCCUCUAGUGACAGAUCUCCAUGGAAACUGACCAGCAUCAUCUCUCUUACCUGCGGCAAAAUCCUCUAACAAUCGAAUUCUUUAUUCCUCCUCCAGAUGGGUCAAAAUAGCUGUAUUUCUCUUCAAUUAUUGAUUUUUCAAAUGUUUUAUACUUUUUGAGACUUUACAAUCUCCGAUAUCACUGGGGAAAUAUCUGAACAUUUCUGUGAACUCUGAGCAAUUUCUGCAGUAAAAGCUCCGGAAUGAUUUUCCAUCUAAACUCCCUACUCUUGAGGGGGGUGGGGAAAAUGAUCAUUUAGGAGUUGCCAUACCUGGGGAGCUUAGGAAGGGUGAGGGUACUCCUGUUCCAGCCCACAACUGCUCCCACUCUACCAUCCCCUGCCCUGUCCCAGUUCCGUCUCCUGCACCAGUUAUCGGGGAACAGGGCAAAGAGUUUCUCCCUACUUUCUCCUCCAGGUACGACCAAAAGAUAGAUUGAGGAGGCAGUGAUCCCGAGGGAGGAGCAUUUUCUGUUUUUAUACAAUUAGUAUUAAUUUUUUUUAAAAAGUGUAAAUGUUUUUAGAGUUGAAACACUUGUUUUUAUACACCAUAAGCUGUUCUUGAAGUAUACCUUUCCCCCGUGAGGAUAUUUUCUCUUGCACCGUGUCCUUGCAGUAUAUCAGGCAUUCUAGUGUAUAACUUGUAAAAUUGGGAGUUCCGAGCUGAGAUUGGCCAUCAGGCCUGUCGACUUUAGAGAAUGUGAAUCUAAAGGGAACUGAACUUAGCCCCGUUUUUGACUAUUCCUGGGAUCUUCUAAGUGUCCCAGACAGUUUCUCCCCAACAUGCUGCGCUGUUCCAUAAACUGGGCAGUGUGAUUGAGUGAGAUCUGAUGUCCAGAGAGAAUUCCCUGCAAAUCAUUUCUAGGACCUUAAAGUUGACCAUGUCUUUCUGCCUUUAUCCUUUUUUUGUGCACUGGUUUAUCAUGUACAAACAAAUGGAUCUGUUUCUGUGUUUUGCUUCAGAGAAAAGUGUGGUAUUUUUUGUUGUCUUAUAAAUACAAAGCAGUCCAGCGUUCUGUGUGUCUGUGUGUCUGUGUGUCUGGGAUAAUAUCUGAGACGUAUUGUGCCUGAGUAGAUUCUCACUGAGAACAGGCCCAUUAUAUGAGGAGUUUUAUUUUAAAAUGGACUGCAGUUAUUGUGAAGAUUGAAUUUUAUUCUAAAUGAAAACAUUGUGUACAGGUUCACUGAUUUGGACAAUAAAAGCAUAUUUGUAUUA